GUACACUUCAUCGAUAAAUAUAGAAGUGAUUCAAAAAAGGAUGAAAUGCACGUGGAGCAAUCAGAUAUUGAGCAAUGUCUCGUUAAUAUCCUUACAGAACAAUCAGCCAAAAACGGAUACCCGCAUUGUCGUUGGUAACGAACGGUAAAUCCAGAACAUGUAUUUAGGGUUACAUGUCCUCCCAGUUUGUCUACUUCUCGUUUCCCUGACAACUUUUUGUUUGACCUAUAUUUUAUCUGUCACAAGAAACGAUGUCAAUCCAGUGUUACCAUACAUCAGUGACACGGGAACAACCCCAUACGAGAGCUGUUUCUUUAGUUUCUUCCUAAACCUUUCAGCUAUUCUUGCAUUGUGUACAGUAUACAUUCGUUACCGCUGGCUGCGGUUAGUAUCUAAUGAGGAGAGAUCACUGCGAUGCUGCAACAUCAUGGCCCUGGUUUUCGGUGGAUUAUCUGCCCUUGGUCUCUCACUGGUUGCAAACUUCCAGGAAACAAACCUGGAAGGUGUUCACAUGACUGGAGCGGCAAUGACGAUUGGUUGCGGUAUUCUCUACAUGUUCUCACAGACGGCGCUGUCCUACAAGAUGGCUGACACGCUAUCUCUCAGCAGACUUAGGCUUAUCAUGGCGGUCAUCUGCUCGCUUACAGCUGCGUCUUUUUUGAUCGCCACUAUUGCCGCAAAAUCUUUGCGUUCCUCGACAACAGACCCCCUUCAUUGGGCCUCUACAGAUAAGGGAUACCCCGCCCACGUGACUGCAGCGGUCAGUGAAUGGCUGACCUGUAUUGUUUACUUACUGUUUUAUGCCACGUUUGUGCAGGAUUUCAAAAGGACGACAGUUUCAGUUAACUUAAACAUAAUAACGAUGGAGGAAUCUGAAGGAAUCAAGGUUUAGAAUUGUGAUGUGAUUUUUACAGCAUAUAACUGAUUGGUUUGUUAACUUGCAUUUUCAAGUUUGCUACAAAAUCAGUAUGUCCAAUGUUACUUAUGAAUCCAAACUAUGAAGUCCACUAAUAUUUUUAUUUUUUACUUCUUUAUUUUUUAUGUACUGUAUGGUUGAUUAUACCUUUUUACUUAAGUUUAUUAGUAGAAAAUAAAAAUUGUUUUAUGAAUAUUAAUCAAUAAA